AUGGAUAACUACCAGAAGAUUGAGAAGAUUGGUGAAGGUACCUACGGUGUGGUCUACAAGGCCAAAGAGCUCACCCACCCUAACCGAAUCGUUGCCCUAAAGAAGAUUCGUCUGGAGGCCGAAGAUGAAGGCGUCCCCAGUACCGCCAUCCGCGAGAUCUCCCUCCUCAAAGAAAUGCAGGACCCCAACAUUGUCCAAUUGCUGAACAUUGUUCACGCCGACGGCCACAAACUAUACCUCGUCUUUGAGUUCCUCGAUCUCGAUCUCAAGAAGUACAUGGAGGCUCUGCCCGUCAGUGACGGUGGACGUGGCAAGCCUUUGCCCGACGGUUUCAAGGCCGGUGCUACCCUUGGUCUCGGUGAUGCUAUGGUCAAGAAGUUCAUGGCCCAACUUGUCGAAGGUAUUCGAUACUGCCAUAGCCACCGCAUUCUUCAUCGUGAUCUGAAGCCCCAAAAUCUCCUGAUUGACCGUGAUGGCAACCUCAAAUUGGCCGAUUUCGGUCUGGCUCGAGCUUUCGGUGUUCCUCUUCGUACAUACACACAUGAGGUCGUCACUCUUUGGUACCGCUCCCCGGAGAUUCUGCUUGGUGGACGCCAGUACUCUACUGGUGUUGAUAUGUGGUCUGUGGGUGCUAUCUUCGCCGAAAUGUGCACUCGCAAGCCUCUGUUCCCCGGUGACUCUGAGAUCGACGAGAUCUUCAAAAUUUUCCGCGUCCUUGGUACCCCCGACGAGGAGAUCUGGCCCGGUGUGACCUCAUUCCCGGAUUACAAGGCCACAUUCCCCAGGUGGAAGCGCCCCAAUGUCGAGAUCGUUCCCGGCCUGGAAGACGCCGGAUGUCAGCUCUUGGAGUCACUCCUCGAGUACGAUCCUGCACACCGACUCUCCGCCAAACAGGCCUGCGCUCACCCAUAUUUCCACAACGGCACCGCAUACUACUCCGGCCGCGUCCCAAGCAACGGCUUCUAG